AAGCGCAGUGGUGAAAGCCCUCUUUCGCGGGCUGAUUUUUUGUGUGUGCAAGUCUGGCGCAGAAAUCUCGUUGUUGUUGUUUGUUAUAAAGACUUUACAGCACACAUAGAGGAGACAGCAAGGACACUGAGCCAUGGCGUAUAACUACGUGGUGACCGCACACAAGCCCACGGCCGUCAACGCCUGCGUCACAGGACAUUUCACCGGUCCAGAAGACCUGAAUCUGAUCAUCGCUAAGAACACGAGACUGGAGAUUUACCUGGUCACUCCGGAGGGCUUGCGUCCGGUCAAAGAAGUCGGCUGCUACGGCCGUAUCGCUGUCAUGGAGCUUUUCCGUCCUCCGGGAGAGACUAAGGACCUGCUGUUCAUCCUGACUGCCCGGUAUAACGCCUGCAUCCUGGAGUACAAACAGGACGGAGACGACGUCAGUAUCGUCACCCGCGCACACGGAAACGUACAGGACAGAAUCGGUCGGCCGUCUGAAACAGGCAUCAUUGGGAUCAUCGACCCAGAGUGCCGUAUGAUUGGUCUGCGGCUGUACGAUGGACUGUUCAAGGUCAUCCCUCUGGACCGAGACAACCGAGAACUCAAGGCCUUCAACAUCAGGUUGGAAGAGCUGAAUGUAAUAGAUGUGAAGUUCCUGUAUGGAUGUCAGGUCCCCACUGUGGUUUUUGUUUACCAGGACCCUCACGGCCGUCAUGUUAAGACUUAUGAAAUCUCGGUGCGAGACAAGGAGUUCAGCAAAGGGCCUUGGAAGCAAGACAAUGUGGAGACGGAGGCAUCCAUGGUCAUAGCCGUUCCGGAGCCGUUCUGUGGUUCCCUGAUCAUCGGACAGGAGUCCAUCACCUACCACAAUGGGGACAAGUACGUGGCUGUUGCACCGCCGGCAAUUAAGCAAAGCACGUUGAUCUGCCACGGGCGUGUGGAUGCUAACGGUAGCCGGUACCUGCUGGGAGACAUGUCAGGACGACUGUUCAUGCUACUGCUGGAGAAGGAAGAACUGAUCGACGGGUCUGUCACUGUCAAGGACCUCAAGGUCGAGCUACUGGGAGAGACAUCGAUAGCAGAGUGUCUGACAUACCUGGACAAUGGUGUGGUAUACCUGGGAUCUCGACUGGGCGACUCCCAACUUAUCAAGCUGAAUGUGGAUGCAGAUGACAGUGGCUCCUACGUCCACGUGAUGGAAACGUUCACCAACCUCGGUCCCAUCGUGGACAUGUGUGUCGUUGACCUUGAGAGACAAGGUCAAGGUCAGCUGGUCACGUGUUCCGGCGCGUACAAGGAGGGCUCGCUGCGGAUCAUACGGAACGGGAUCGGUAUUCACGAGCACGCUAGCAUCGACCUACCAGGAAUCAAAGGGAUCUGGCCCCUGUGUGUGGAUCCCAAUGGAACGAUGGAUGAUACUUUGGUACUAGCCUUUGUUGGGCAGACAAGAGUGCUGCUGUUGAGUGGGGAGGAAGUAGAAGAGACAGAACUGCCAGGGUUUGAGGACAAGCAGACGUUCUUCUGUGGGAAUGUGAUGGGGGGACAGCUGCUACAAAUAACAGCCGCCUCCGUACGAUUGGUCAGCAGGCAGACCAAACAGCUUGUCAGUGAGUGGAAACCCCCGUCGGAGAAGAACAUCAGUGUGGCGAGUUCCAACACGACCCAGGUGGUGUGUGCCGUGGGGCAGGUCGUCUACUACAUCGAGAUCCACGAGGGAGAACUCAAGCAGCUGGGUGAGACGGUGAUGGCGCGUGAGGUUGCGUGUCUGGACGUGACGCCGCUGGUGGAGGGGAGUGACCGUGCUCACCUGUGUGCUGUGGGACUGUGGACGGACAUCUCUGCACACAUGCUGCAGCUCCCCAACCUGGAACCCAUGCACGUAGAGAUGCUGGGGGGAGAGAUCAUCCCCCGUUCCAUCCUGAUGACCACAUUUGAAGGGAUCCACUACCUGCUCUGUGCUCUGGGUGACGGCUCACUGUUCUACUUCAACCUCAACCAUGAGACAGGCUACCUGAGCGAACGCAAGAAGGUGACGCUGGGCACCCAGCCCACGGUCCUGCGUACGUUCCGCUCGCUGUCCACGACCAACGUGUUCGCCUGCUCGGACCGCCCCACCGUCAUCUACUCCAGCAAUCACAAACUGGUCUUCUCUAACGUCAACCUGAAGGAGGUUAACUACAUGUGUCCACUCAACUCUCAGGGAUACCCUGAUAGCCUGGCACUGACCAAUGACAGCACACUUACCAUCGGCACCAUUGAUGAGAUCCAAAAGUUGCACAUCAGGACUGUACCCCUCUACGAGUCACCCAGGCGAAUUGCAUACCAGGAAACGUCCCAGACGUUUGGCGUACUGAGCACGCGUACGGAGGUAGAGGACGCCAGCGGGGGGAGCGGGACACAGCCGGUACGACCGUCGGCCAGCACGACGGCGCUGAGCACCAGCGUCAGUCCCAGCAAGAACGCCCUGCGCUCGUCCAACGACAGCGACGGGGCCUUCGGAGAGGAGAUCGAGAUCCACUCCCUGCUAGUAGUGGACCAGCACACGUUUGAAAUUCUCCAUGCACACCAGCUGCUGAAGGAUGAGUUUGCCCUGAGCAUGGUAUCCUGUAAGCUGGGAGAUGACCCCAACACUUACUUCAUAGUCGGCACCGCCAUGGUCUAUCCCGAGGAGUCGGAACCCAAGUCUGGCCGUAUCAUCGUCUUCCAGUACACAGAUGGAAAACUGCAGCAGGUUGCUGAGAAGGAAGUGAAGGGAGCUGUGUACUCAUUAGUACAGUUUAACAACAAGCUGCUAGCCAGCAUCAACAGUACGGUGCGUUUGUUUGAGUGGACAGCUGAGAAGGAGCUGCGUGUGGAGUGUAACCACUAUAACAACAUCCUGGCCCUGUACCUGAAGACUAAAGGUGACUUCAUCCUGGUGGGAGACCUCAUGAGAUCUGUCACCCUACUGGCCUACAAACCCAUGGAGGGGUGUUUUGAGGAGAUUGCCCGUGACUUCAACCCCAACUGGAUGAGUGCUGUAGAGAUCUUAGACGAUGACAACUUCCUUGGCGCAGAAAACUCCUUCAACUUCUUCACCUGUCAGAAGGACAGUGCUGCCACGACAGACGAGGAGCGGCAGCACCUGCAGGAGGUGGGACACUUCCACCUGGGGGAGUUCGUCAACGUCUUCAGACAUGGUUCUCUGGUGAUGCAGCACCCUGGGGAGACGUCCACCCCCACCCAAGGGUCGGUCCUGUUCGGCACGGUGAACGGGGCGGUCGGUCUGGUCACCCAACUUCCCGCUGACUUCUUCAACUUCCUGCAGGAGGUUCAGAACAAGCUGACCAGAGUCAUCAAGUCUGUCGGCAAGAUUGAGCACUCAUUCUGGCGGUCGUUCAACACGGAGAGAAAGACGGAGGCCUGUCAGGGGUUCAUCGAUGGUGACCUGAUCGAGAGUUUCCUGGACCUGUCAAGGGACAAGAUGCAGGAGGUUGUGCAGGGGCUACAGAUGGAUGAUGGUAGUGGCAUGAAGAGAGAAUGCACCGUGGAAGAUCUCAUUAAGUUAGUAGAGGAGCUCACUCGCAUUCACUGAUGAUGCUGGACAGUAAAGUACAAUGUAAUUCGCAAAAAAUCCCCCAUCUGAUCAGUGGUAGAGUCCAUUUGAAGUAACAUGAGCAAGGGAAGCGCCUCUUUGGUUGGAUCGUUCUAUUGGAAGGAUAGGGGUGUCAAAACAUUUGCCUUUUGGGAGGAUUGUGUGAAGACACGAAUGACAGUGUAUGAUUGUGUCUGUAACAAAAAUAGGUUAUGGCCAAUAGUCAAAAUGAACAUCAAGGUAAUACAAUGUGCAGCAACUACAGUGUAUAAAUAAAGUAGCCUCCUGCAAGACUUCUAGGCAGCGUUAGCUUUUACGUGUGGCUAGUGGUUUCUUUUCAGGGAAGGGCCUUGUUACGUGGGAGAGCUGUAUCCAUCUAGAAAGCUGUAUUGCACAAACUAAAGAGAGGCGUAACUUCCUCCGUUGCACAAGUCCUUCUGGUGCAUUAGCUUGUGUAAAAAGAAUCGCACUGUCGCCCGAAAAUAAACUCCACUGCUUAGAAGUCUGCAAAAGAGGCUAAAUUAGCAUUGCCAUUUUUUAUCUUCUACCCCCCC